CUUCUGUGCACUUUUUGAGGGUCUAGCAACAGAUAAUUUUUCUUCUCCAGGUUCAGCAAGCGAUGGAAAGUGGAAACGAAUUCCAGGCUGGAUUCAGUCCUGUUGCUGUCGUCUAUGAAUUUACCUGGGGGGGAACUGAGAAGGAGAUCAGCGGAGGAUGAGCUUGCGAUGAGAGACUAUCUGCAGGAAGGGGACCUCAUCAGUGCAGAGGUCCAGUCUGUAUUUUCUGAUGGGGCUAUAUCACUGCACACCCGGAGUCUGAAAUAUGGGAAGCUUGGCCAGGGUGUGCUCGUUCAGGUCUCGCCCUCCUUUGUGAAACGCCAGAAGACUCAUUUCCAUGACUUGCCCUGUGGUGCAUCUGUGAUCCUCGGCAACAAUGGUUUCAUCUGGAUCUACCCAACUCCGGAGCAGAAGGAUGAAGAGACAGGGAGCUUCACCACCAACCUGGAGCCAGUUCCCUUGUCUGACCGGGAGGUGAUCUCACGGCUUCGAAACUGCAUCGUGGCUCUGGUUACUCAGAAGUUGAUGCUCUUUGACACCAGCAUCCUGUAUUGCUAUGAGGCAUCCCUUCCUCAUCAGAUCAAGGACAUUCUGAAACCAGAGGUGAUGGAGGAGAUCGUUAUGGAAACCCGACAGAGGCUGCUGGAUCUGGAGGCGUAGGGCUCGUGGCCAGAAGCAGUCAUUUGAAGACCCAGCAUGGCAGCUUAUGAUUCUCAGUAUUUCUUUUUUCAGUAUUCCAGUCCCCAGCUGGAAUAGUUCCACACUUCAGAAACCACCAAAAUUCCUUAUUUUAACUCUGAGGGUACCUCCUGAGCCCUUUUAGUACAAUAGUACUAAAUAGUACUUCAGUACAAUAGCCUUUUAGUGCAGCAGCCUGAAAAAUUGAUACCUGACCUUUAUGAAGAUGCAGAUGCAACUGGGACAUAUCUCAUAGCACUUGUUGCUGUGUCUAGUGCCCCUGAACUUUGUGCAGAAUGACAGAGAGAAAGGGACGUGUUCUGUCAUGUUUCUCUCUCCCCAAAGG